GUAAUAUGGCUCCAUUGAUACUGUCGAUGAUUUCGCCAACGUCAAAGUGGAUCCCACGUGGGAUCGAAUUAAUAUUAUUUGUAAUAAAUAAACUUUAGCCAGUGUACGGUAUAAAACUAUCAAAUUAUGGCCUCUAGGGCUCUAGCCAGCCACGGUUAGAGGUAGAAAUACCAAAUGCUCGUAGAGCACGACGUUGUUCGGUAUUAGGGUUAUGAGCUCUUGUAAGGUGAUAGCUGGACUUUACAAGGACCCUCGUGGGCUACCCGGCGUUGACGCCAGAAUGGUGGUUAAACGCGUUUCAUGAUUAAUUUUUCAUUAUCUGCACACUUCCACAUUAAUUUACUGCAUAAUACGCUAUCAAUAUUACACUUUAAACAACAUUAAUGAGCAAAAACAAAGAAAUGAAUCACGAGGCGAUGUUACCAAUAUGGCGGUCGACGAAUAACCUCCAACAUUUUGAUCAAGUCAUUAACAAGGUUUCUGACAAAAGCCAUAAUUGAUAUGGAUGUAUGUGAGGCUACAUAUUUUAUUAUAGAUUCUAUAUCUACUCAAUAUGUCAAUUCUGAUAUCAAAGAUAAUUCAAAUAAUGAAGAAUGUAAAGUUGACAAUGACUCCAAAAAGAAUGAUGGUGUUAUUCAAGCAAUGAAGGAUAUAGAGCUUUUAGAAUCCGCUUCUAUUCAGAAUAUGAGUGAUGAGAAAAAUAUUCACGAUUGUGCACAGGAAAAAGAAAAUACUGUUCAUACCAAAAAUAAUUCUAAAACUAUACUAAAGAAACCGUAUAUACCGCCAACAGUGCCAACAUCUAGCCGUUCCCUUACUAUUUUUAAUAAAGCCCAAAAAAUACUAGAGCCAGGUGGAUUUGAGAGGCCAAUACAUACUAAUAUUGCCAUACAAUUUCCUGAAAACCAUACUAAGGAGACAUAUGUUGAAUUACUAUGCAAGAUAGCUGAGAAUUUGCAACUGAAAGAAAUAGAUGGCGCUAUGCAAAUAAAAAUAACAAAUAAGACACUUACCAUCCCAAUUGAUCACAUUCAUGGUUACUUACAUAAUGAAAAUGACAUUUGGUGCAUAGUGUGCCGCGUCAAUAUUCCUAAAAGUGAUAUAGACAUACACAAAUAUGAUGUGCGUCAUAUAAAUAAUCUGAUUAAGACUGUAGAUUGUAAUGGUUUGAGAAAGCUAUACUUUUCCUACAGCCACUGCGUCAUUUGUAACCUGGGGUUUAAAAGCAAGCAAGCUUCCGCUGCACAUAUCGCCACACUCUGCCACAAGAAAGCUUUUCACAAAGAGUGACAAUUCCUGUUCAACAAAAUAGUGAUAAGUUUCUUGUCGUAAUCUUUCAUUUUUGAUACAAAUUAUGUUAAUUAAAUUAAAGUUAUGUUAAUUAGACUUCUUUUUCAACCGUCGAAUUUCGUCAACUUAGCUAAG